AUGGACCCGAAUACCCCCUCGCGACCGCCCGACUACAGCCUCCCGUCCUACGAUGACCGCGACGACGACACCCCGACGGGACGGUCCAACAACCCCGCCGCCAUCCGACUCUUGACUUCGGUGGAGGAACCCAUCGACACUCACACCCGUCCAGCGUAUGUAGCUCCCACUGUGGCCAGCAACCACACUUCGUCUUCUUCGACCUCUUCUCCUUCUUUUCCUUCGUCUUCUUCCGUUCAGCAGCAGCAGCACCCUGUCAAGACCCCCGAGUCGUCGCCCAGCCUCUUCCCGCGCCCGCUCUCGCUGCGCAGAAAGAAGUCGGACGCAGCAGACCCGGUGAUCUCGACACCUGAGCACUUGAACGCAUUGCGGCAGCAGGAGGAGGCGUUGACCGCGACGUCCUCUGCUCCGGAGCCCGUUCAUGCGAUUCGCAAGAACAGUGUUCGUGUCGUCGACUCUGGUGAAACUCAAUACGCUCCUAUCAAGCCUGCGCGCUCCGCUACUGUCAAGCUGCAGAAGAAGAGACACUCGGCGCAGAUGAGAGACGCAGAGUUCCGGGACAGUCUCCCGACCAUACCAGAGGGCCUUUCACCUCGAAGACAGGCGAUGCGCAUGUCUUCUAGUUGUCCUGUUCCUGCUCCUUUGUCAGACGAGUCGUCCGACGGCUCCCAUCCAAGUCCAAGCAAAAGCUCACACGCAGAUAAUGUUAGACCUCAAUCGUCGAGACGCUCCUACGCGGCGUCCUUCGUGUCCGACCGCUCGUCCAUCCGCAACCCGCCCAGCAUGCCGCCGCCCGACUCGACUUACGUCCCGUUCCAGGGCCGCGAUUACGCCCGCGAAUACGAGCGCACUUACGAGCAGGAGUACCAGAGCGAAUACGACUACGAGUAUCAGGCCGGCCGCCAGUCCCCGACGAGGACGUACAGCCCUUCACGUCUCUCUUCAGAGUUCACCAGGCCUCCUCCCUCGGGUAUCUACGAGCCUUCCGAUCUCAAUGGCAGCCCCAGACCAGGAACCCCGUCGUCGAGGUACGGAGGCAGCCCGAGACGUCCGCUUCCACCGGCGCCGCUGUUCUCAACCGGCGCAAACCGCAACUCAGCCGCGUUCGCAGACGAUGCAACUGUUUCGAUUCCUCUUCACGACGAUGACGUGUUCGGCCCGGAGACUGACAUUAGUGAGAGCCGCCCCAUGAGAGAAUCGUACAUAUCGGCGGACCAAGUCACCCUUAGUGAGGAGGGCGAGGACAUGGAGACCGACAUGGGAGAGAAGGUUGAGCACUACGGACCCGCCCCGGACGGACACCAGGAGCGCAGAGGCGUGCGCGCGCCGCAGAUGUCGAGGAAGGAGGUCCAGCUCAUCAACGGAGAGCUAGUCCUGGAGUGCAAGAUCCCCACGAUUCUCUACAGUUUCCUGCCCCGCCGCGACGAGGUCGAGUUCACGCACAUGCGAUACACGGCCGUCACCUGCGACCCCGACGACUUUGUUGAGCGCGGGUACAAGCUGCGCCAGAGCAUCGGCAAGACUGCUCGCGAGACGGAGCUCUUCAUCUGCGUCACCAUGUACAACGAGAACGAGUUCGACUUCACGAGAACCAUGUACGCCGUCAUGAAGAACAUUUCGCACUUUUGCUCCCGCUCAAAGUCGCGUACCUGGGGUGACCAGGGAUGGCAGAAAAUCGUCGUCUGCAUCGUUUCCGACGGAAGAGAGAAGAUCAACCCGCGCACUCUCGACGCGUUGGCUGCGAUGGGUGUCUACCAGGACGGUAUCGCCAAGAACUACGUCAACCAGAAAGCCGUCCAAGCACAUGUAUACGAAUAUACUACGCAGGUCUCGCUUGACUCGGAUCUCAAGUUCAAGGGUGCCGAGAAGGGUAUCGUCCCCUGCCAGCUGAUUUUCUGUCUGAAGGAGAAGAACCAGAGGAAGCUGAAUUCCCAUCGUUGGUUCUUCAACGCCUUCGGUAAAGCACUCAACCCGAACGUCUGCAUUUUGCUUGACGUCGGCACGAGACCUGGUGGCAACUCACUCUAUCACCUGUGGAAGGCCUUCGACAACGACUCCAACGUUGCUGGUGCCUGUGGUGAAAUCAAAGCCAUGAAGGGACGUUUUGGAUCCAACUUGCUGAACCCGCUCGUCGCCUCGCAAAACUUUGAGUACAAGAUGUCUAAUAUCCUGGACAAGCCGUUGGAGUCCAUCUUUGGUUACAUUACGGUGUUGCCAGGUGCCCUCAGUGCCUACCGCUACCACGCUCUGCAGAACGAUGAGACGGGACAUGGUCCUCUCAGUCAGUACUUCAAGGGAGAGACACUGCACGGUCAGCAUGCAGACGUGUUCACGGCCAACAUGUACCUUGCCGAGGAUCGUAUUCUCUGCUGGGAGCUUGUGGCCAAGCGAGGUGAAAGCUGGGUGUUGAAAUACGUCAAGGGUUGUCACGGUGAAACUGAUGUGCCGGAUACCGUCCCCGAGUUCAUCUCCCAGCGUCGUCGCUGGCUGAACGGUGCCUUCUUCGCCGCCGUCUACUCCCUCGUCCACUUCAAGCAGAUCUGGCACACCGAUCACACCUUCGCUCGCAAGGUUCUUCUUCACGUGGAAUUCAUCUAUCAGUUCCUGCAGCUCAUGUUCACCUACUUCUCCCUGGCAAACUUCUACCUGACCUUCUUCUUCGUGGCUGGCGGUCUGGCCGAUCCCACGGUCGAUCCUUUCGGUCACAGCAUUGGUCUCUACAUCUUCACGUUGCUGCGGUACACCUGCGUCCUGCUCAUCUGCACGCAGUUCAUCCUGUCGCUUGGUAAUCGUCCACAAGGAGCAAAGAAGCUGUACCUCUUUAGUAUGGUUGUGUACAGCAUCAUCAUGAUCUACACGACCUUCGCCACAGUCUUCAUCGUCGUCCGUCAGCUUAAGGAGAAGGACAACCCUGAAAUCCACAUGGGCCAGAACGUCUUCACCAACUUCAUCGUCUCCAUCCUCUCGACCGUCGGUCUCUACUUCAUCAUGUCCUUCCUGUACCUCGACCCCUGGCACAUGUUCACCAGUUCGGCGCAGUACUUCAUGCUCCUCCCGGCCUACAUCUGCACCCUCCAAGUCUACGCCUUCUGCAACACCCACGACGUCACCUGGGGUACCAAGGGAGACAACGUCAUGAAGACCGACCUCGGAGGCGCCGUCGGAAAGGGCAACAGCGUCGAGCUCGAGAUGCCCUCGGAACAACUCGACAUCGACUCGGGCUACGACGAGGCCCUCCGCAACCUCCGCGACCGCGUGGAGGUCCCCGAGUCCCCCAUCUCGGAGGCCCAGAUGCAGGAGGACUACUACAAGAGCGUGCGCACCUACAUGGUCCUCUCGUGGCUCAUCGCCAACGCCAUCCUCGCCAUGGCCGUCUCCGAGGCCUACAGCGACCGCGGCAUCGGCGAGAACUACUACCUCGCCUUCAUCCUCUGGUCCGUCGCCGUCCUCGCCGUCUUCCGCGCCCUCGGCUCCGGCACCUACGCCAUCCUCAACGUCAUCGGCAUCAUCGUCGAGGGCCAGGUCCGCAUGAGCCUCAAGAUGCCCAAGUGGAUGGGCGGCUUCGGCGAGAAGAUCAGCGAGAAGAUGAGCAGCGUGUCGACCAGCAUCGGCGGCAGCAGCGUCGGCGGGAGCAGGCUGAGCGGGAGCGGGUUGGGCAGCAACCUGAGCUCGCGCUUCACGAACCCGUUCCGUCGUUGA